CUUAGAAAGCAAAUCAUGGAUCACGCUGAAAAUCUAGAAGAGGACAACACCUUCACAACUAUUUCUCUGGCUGAUGACUCAGUGGAUUCUGGAUCAACAAUCUCUGAUUCAAAUCUUGACAGUGAGCUGCUUACAAUGAACGCUGAUAUGGAAGUCAUCGACCCAGAGAGUCAAGUGGAACUAGAAGAGAAGACGCGACUGAUUAACCAGGUUUUGGAACUACAACAUACAUUAGAAGAGCUGUCUGCACGUGUGGAUGCUGUAAAAGAAGAGAAUCUGAAACUAAAAUCUGAAAACCAAGUUCUUGGACAGUACAUAGAAAACCUGAUGUCAGCUUCAAGCGUUUUCCAAACUACUGACACAAAAGGCAAGCGGAAGUGAGGGCUUGCUUGAUGUACACGUUAUAUGUUCUGGAUGUGUCUGGAAUUACAUUUUUAAGACGGUGUAUUCUUUCUAAAAUGACCUCCAUAACCUGAAUUAACUGAAGAUUAAAUUAUUGAAAACCCUGCAGAUCACCGCUGGUUAGCCCCUAUUAACAAGUUUAACCGUAGUAACAUGUGAAGCAGAAUCCUUAACAUUUAAAUGUUUCCAUAGGUAUCUUUUGGUUGGAAAUACUCACUAGGCAGUAUCUGUGGAGAGAGGGAAAAUGUUCCUGACCUCAAGAGUUCCAACAUUUUCUGUUUUCAGAUAUCCAUCAUUAACAACUUCACAUUUUUAAACUUUUUAUAACUGUGUUCGUACAGCAAGUCCACAUUUUUAGGACUGGAGCCCUGGAAUCAAAGUAAUUUAUAUGUUGCUGUUACGUCUAGUUUUUUUAACUUGACAUGCAAAGUGUAGUUUAGAUUAAGAGAGAAAAGAAAGUGCAAUAUCAUAUUAGCAUUUAGUAAAUUGAAUUGUCUUAACAUUACAUAUGCUGAGCGGAAGUUGCAUGAAUAUUUAAAAAUUGUACAAUGGCCUUUUGUGUAUCGUGAGAUAAUGCGUAUAAUUCUAUGGUGUUGUUUGUAUUUGUCAUAUUAAAAUGUGAGCUUAUUUUUUACGUUACAA